CACCUCCAUCCUCCAAUUAUUCUGGCUCCUCCCCUUCAGUCUGGCAUAGGUGUAGCGGCUCCUCCCCUUCAGUCUUUCACAGGUGUGCCGGCUCCUCCCCUUCAGUCUGGCACUGGUGUGCCGGCUCCUCCCCUUCAGUCUUGCACAGGUGUACCGGCUCCUCCCCUUCAGUCUGGCACAGGUGUAGUGGCUCCUCCCCUUCAGUCUGGCACAGGUGUAGUGGCUCCUCCCCUUCAGUCUUGCACAGGUGUACCGGCUCCUCCCCUUCAGUCUGGCACAGGUGUGGCGGCUCCUCCCCUUCAGUCUUGCACAGGUGUGGCGCCUCCUCCCCUUCAGUCUUGCACAGGUGUGGCGGCUCCUCCCCUUCAGUCUUGCACAGGUGUGGCGGCUCCUCCCCUUCAGUCUUGCACAGGUGUGGCGGCUCCUCCCCUUCAGUCUUGCACAGGUGUGGCGGCUCCUCCCCUUCAGUCUUGCACAGGUGUGGCGGCUCCUCCCCUUCAGUCUUGCACAGGUGUGGCGGCUCCUCCCCUUCAGUCUUGCACAGGUGUGGCGGCUCCUCCCCUUCAGUCUUGCACAGGUGUGGCGGCUCCUCCCCUUCAGUCUUGCACAGGUGUGGCGGCUCCUCCCCUUCAGUCUUGCACAGUGAGGCUGCUCCUCCCCUCCCAGUCUUGCACAGGUGAGGCUGCUCCUCCCCUCCAGUCUUGCACAGGUGUGGCGGCUCCUCCCCUUCAGGCUUGCACAGGUGUGGCGGCUCCUCCCCUUCAGGCU